UUGAAGGCAUGGUUCCUCUGUGAAUAGAAAACGCCAAAAUGCGCAGGUAGGCAUUAGGCAGACGACAUGUAAGGAGUAGAGAUACUAGUUAGUGAAGAAGCUAAAUCCAUCCACCUGCUGAACAUGCGCUCGAUUUGGGGAUUAAUAACUGUAAUUGUCGCAGCCACAUUGUAUCUGUAUGUGCUGUCCUCUUAUCUUCCCAAACAACCCCGACAUCUUCAUCGUCAUGCGAAGGAAAACGUGAAAACGUCUACUGACCCUCGGGCAGAAAGCGAAGAACUGAGGUUAAAGUUCCCGUCAGACUUGGUGGAGCUCAGAGAGUUGGCGGAGCUGCUGCAGUUCUACAAACAGGAGCACACUGGCUACGUCCUGCUGCUCUUCUGCAGUGCUUACAUCUACAAGCAGUCCUUUGCAAUCCCCGGGUCCUCCCUUCUGAACAUUCUUGCUGGAGCAUUGUUUGGCCCAUGGCAGGGGUUGUCGCUGGCCUGUAUCCUCACAACUGUGGGCUCCACCCUGUGUUACCUCCUAUCCAAAGCCUUUGGCAAACACUACAUUAUCAAGCUCUUCCCAAACAAGGUCUCAAUGCUGCAGGGAAAGGUGGAGGAGAACCAGAGCAGUCUGUUCUUCUUCCUGCUUUUCCUGAGGUUCUUCCCCAUGACCCCCAACUGGUUCCUCAACAUGUCUGCCCCCAUUUUCAACAUUCCUGUGACUUUCUUCUUCUUCUCUGUCUUUAUUGGGCUGAUCCCAUACAACUUCAUCUGUGUGCAGAUGGGUGCCAUGCUGUCGGAGGUGUCCUCCCUGGAUGACCUGUUCUCCUGGGCCAGGCUCCUGCAGCUGCUGGCCAUAGCCUGUGUGGCGCUGGUACCUGGGGCUCUGAUCCGACGCUACCACCAGCACCGCCUCAAUCUGGACGGGAGCCAGCACAAUGGCACUGCCAUGGACAAGCUGAAGACCCAGUGAGGGUGUGAGGGGUUCUGUCUGGUUUGUGGUCUGGUCUUUAUGGCUGGUGUGUAUGUAAGAGAGCUGUACGUCUUUGAGAACAUGGUCAGUAAUGGUUGUGGAUUUAAGAGUGUUGUGUAAUAAUUGCAGAAUCACUCAUCAAAAGUAUAAAAUGCCUGUUGAAUAUGUAUUUAUUGCAAUAUAUAUACAGUCAGGUCCAUAAAUAUUUGGACAUUGACACAAUUUUCAUCAUUUUGGCUCUGUAUACCACUACAAUGGAUUUGAAAUGAAACAAUCAAGAUGUGCUUUAAGUGCAGACUUUCAGCUUUAAUUUCAGGGUAUUUACAUCCAAAUCAGGUGAACGGUGUAGGAAUUACAACACAUUUUAUAUGUGGCCCCCCCCUUUUUAAGGGACCAAAAAUAAUUGGACAAACUAACAUAAUCAUAAAUCUAAUUGUCACUUUUAAUACUUGGUUGCAAAUCCUUUGCAGUCAAUGACAGCCUGAAGUCUGGAACCCAUAGACAUCACCAGACGCUGGGUUUCGUCCCUGGUGAUGCUCUGCCAGGCCUCUACUGCAACUGUCUUCAGUUCCUGCUUGUUCUUGGGGCAUUUUCCCUUCAGUUUUGUCUUUAGCAAGUGAAGUGCAUGAUCAAUUGGAUUUAGGUCAGGUGAUUGACUUGGCCAUUGCAGAACAUUCCACUCUUUGGUUGCUUUCGCAGUAUGCUUCGGGUCAUUGUCCAUCUGCACUGUGAAGCGCCGUCCUAUGAGUUCUGAAGCAUUUGGCUGAAUCUGAGCAGAUAAUAUUGCCCGAAACACUUCAGAAUUCAUCCUACUGCUUUUGUCAGCAGUCACAUCAUCGAUAAAUACAAGGGAACCAGUUCCAUUGGCAGCCAUACAUGCCCAUGCCAUAACACUACCUCCACCAUGCUUCACUGAUGAGGUGGUAUGCUUUGGAUCAUGAGCAGUUCCUUCCCUUCUCCAUACUCUUCUCUUCCCAUCAUUCUGGUACAAGUUGAUCUUGGUCUCAUCUGUCCAUAGGAUGUUGUUCCAGAACUGUACAGGCUCUUUUAGAUGUUUUUUGGCAAACUCUAAUCUGGUCUUCCUGUUUUUGAGACUCACCAAUGGUUUACAUCUUGUGGUGAACCCUCUGUAUUUACUCUGGUGAAGUCUUCUCUUAAUUGUUGACUUUGACACAGAUACGCCUACCUCCUGGAGAGUGUUCUUGAUCUGGCCAACUGUUGUGAAGGGGUUUUUCUUCACCAGGGAAAGAAUUCUUAUGUCAUCCACCACAGUUGUUUUCCGUGGUCUUCCGGGUCUUUUGGUGUUGCUGAGCUCACAUGUGCGUUCUUUCUUUUUAAGAAUGUACCAAACAGUUGAUUUGGCCACACCUAAUGUUUUUGCUAUCUCUCUGAUAGGUUUGUUUUGAUUUUUCAGCCUAACGAUGGCUUGCUUCACUGAUGGUGACAGCUCUUUGGACUUCAUAUUGAGAGUUGACAGCAACAGAUUCCAAACACAAAUACCAUACUUGAAAUGAACUCUAGACCUUUUAUCUGCUCCUUGUCAAUGAAAUAAUGAACUCCCUUUAUGAGGGAAUAACAUACACCUUGGCCAUGGAACAGCUGAGCAGCCUAUUGUCCAAUUACUUUUGAUCCCUUAAAAAGGGGGGGGCCACAUAUCAAAUGUGUUGUAAUUCCUACACCGUUCACCUGAUUUGGAUGUAAAUACCCUGAAAUUAAAGCUGAAAGUCUGCACUUAAAGCACAUCUUGAUUGUUUCAUUUCAAAUCCAUUGUGGUGGUAUACAGAGCCAAAAUGAUGAAAAUUGUGUCAAUGUCCAAAUAUUUAUGGACCUGACUGUACAUUUGCGAAGAGGAUCAAAGUUUAACAAGGGUUUCCUGACAAUCAAGAGACAAUCAAAUGUCAGCUGUGAUGAGGACAGAAAGUCUCUUUUAAAGAGCUUUAAGGGAACAAUGAUUUUGAAGAGAAACCAGCACGUGCAGAAUGAUUACUGUAAUUGAAACAAGUUCUGCUGUAAUUAGGUUCGUAAGUGCCUCGAAAAGAGCCAUUUGAAAAUGGUUAUUACUCUCAAUUAACUACCUCUCAACAUUCAUAAUUAAUGUAAAUUUCCUAAAUAUGUUUUAUUUUAUCCAGUAUUUUGGCAGGCCUGCCGAAUAAGUGAUUUGAAAUAUUUGACAAUUGAGGACUCAGUCUUGCAUUACACCUAGUACACUACAGUGGUUUAUAAUUAAAACUUGUAGAACUAUUUGGAGAA